AUGGCCUACGACUUCGACACCGUCAAGAGAAUGACACCGGAGGGGUACUCCUUCCCCGCCCACCGGCUCAAGCGAACCUGCGACCCCAAUCGCGUACCGCUCGUGCUCGUCGCUUGCGGCUCUUUCUCUCCCAUAACAUUUCUCCAUCUGCGCAUGUUUCCCAUGGCGAGGGACCACGCACGCAACGAAGGCUUCGACGUCAUCGGAGGUUACCUCUCCGUCGUAUCCGACGCCUACAAGAAGAGGGGCCUCGCGCCCGCCCGCGACCGCAUCCGCAUGUGCGACCUGGCGACCGAGAAUGCGUCCAAGUGGCUCAUGGUCGACCCCUGGGAGGGCGAGUCCCCGACCUACAUCCCCACCGCCCGCGUCCUCGACCACUUCAACUACGAGAUCAACCACGUCAUGGGCGGCGUCGAGUGCACCGACGGCACGCGCAGGCGGGCCAAGAUCGUCCUGCUCGCCGGCGCAGACCUGAUCCAGACCCUCAGCACCCCCGAGGUCUGGGACCCUCGGGACGUCGACCACAUCCUCGGCGACUAUGGCGUCUUCGUCCUCGAGCGCUCGGGAACCGCCCUGGAUUCGGCCCUGGCCAGCCUGAAGCAGUGGGAGAGUAAUAUCCACGUCGUAUCCAAUGACGUGAGCAGCACAAAGGUCCGACUUCUGCUCAAGCGCGACAUGAGCGUCGACUACCUCAUCCCCGAUGAUGUCAUCAGCUACAUCUAUGAGCACAACCUCUACCGAGACCUCAACCAGACCAACGACGACACGUCCAAGGGCAAGGAGAAGGAUACUGUGACCGCGCCUCAGACAUCUACGUCCAGCACGGGCUGA